AUGAGUAAGAAGAUUCAGAGCGGGGUUGUGUGCGCCCUCCUGGCUGGCAGACACCUCAUUUUCCAGAACGAGGAUAUCAUCCAGGACAUCUACGGUCUCGGCCCACAGCUAUUCAACGGGCCGGGGCCGCACCGUCAUCUCAAUGAGAACCAGUUAAAGUCGCUCCGAGAGAUGAUGUCGGCCGUCGAAAAAGCAAAAGAUAUCAAGACGCGGUACAACAUCCUGGAGGGUAAACAGCAAACGUCAUACGGAGCCGGCCGGGAUGCCCUCACCAUCUGGUUCAAAAAGCAACAAAUCUCAAGCACCAUCAGCACGAAGGUCGAUGCCAUCUGGAAAGAGUUGGAUCUUUUGCCCCUCCAGCUCAUACAUUUAGAUCCUGACGCGGGGUUUCCGAACGUUGCCGACGCGGACAUGGCGAGAGAAGACAUCGCGGUCGCUCUCUUUGGUGCCAACUCGGUGAGCCGAGGUUUGCGAGGAGAGUUUCGUGAGUCUUUGAGCCCCAUUGUUCACCAUAACUGGGAACGGCACCGGAAAAUGUGCAGGCGCGCGGAAAAGACGUUGGGCCUGAGGCGCAUGGCCGCUAUUGUCGCCUGCAAGUUGAUCGAGGACGCAGGCACGGUCACUCCGCAAAUGCUACGGGAGGCCACACACCAUGGUGUGAGCGAGCUCGAGGAAUUCUUGAAAACCGUUGUGGUGACCGCCGUGGCCAAGGCCAAAGGCGUCGCAAAGGAAAAAUUAGCGCCGGAGAUCAGCGACCCCAAGGAGCCGUCGGGAAGUGCUAAAAGUCGAGGUCGGACCCGGGCGAGUAAGGUGAAGAACGUGUCUUUGAGUGCGGCCGGGGACGUCGACCUGAUUUGGCCGGCGUACGUUCAACUAUAUCGCACUGCCCCUACUGAGCCGGACGCCCCGGCCGUGGAUUUAGACGGAGAGGAUAGAGAUGCCAUGUGGGAGGGCUCGAACGACUUGGGCGUCGACAAUUUCCGCUCCCUAGACGAUACCGCUCUAAAUAGAUUAUUGAACUUUCCUGACGGACGGCCGGCUCUCUUUGCCCGUUUUAGAUCUCUAAGCCGGAAGUCUGCUUGGGACGACGGUGCCGAGAAGGAGUUCGUAGAUGGCAACCCGGACAUGCAGCCACUGAGCCUUCUGUGGCAUCAACGCGUCGGUAUCGCCUCGAUCGUCGAAAAGAUCUGGCAGAAGGACCAGACCAACGCCGUUCCAGGCAUACUGCUUGCCGAUGAGGUCGGCGUUGGCAAAACUGCUCAGGUGAUGGGUUCCAUCGCCUUUAUGAUCGACCAGUAUUGGGCACACGAGAUUCGCCAGCGCAAAGGCCGUAUCGCCUCUGAAUCCAUUCCCUACUUCGCCGGCCAAGCCCAAGUUCCCAACCUUCCUCACGUCAUCGCCGUUCCCAAUUCGUUGGUCGCUCAAUGGAUGUCGGAGCUCCGCAUUUUCUUUGCUCCCAAAACGGUCGAGAUUUAUGUGUAUCCUACGGCCGAGAAGGACUUCGCAGCAUUUUGGACGGGACCUUGGGAAAAAUCGUCGAUGCCUAAGAUCAAUAGAAUUAUUCUGGUCACACACUCGGUAUUCACCACGCAGGGCAAAGUGUUGGACACUCGCAAGGGCAAAGUCGGUCACAAUCAGAACAAGGCGGUAGACGACAAACGGACUGUAAAAUCGCCUCAUUUGGAAAGGAAUUGCAUCUGGUACAUGCGAGUCUUCGCUUCCUGCACCCUCGACGAAGCUCAUGAAUUCCGGAAUCCCAAUGCCGGGUGGCAUGCUAUGCUGCUGCUGAUGAGGAAUUCACAUGUUCGGAUAAUCGCGACCGCGACUCCACUGUUCACCAGCCCAAAGGACUUAUGCAACAUCGGCCGUGUCCUCCGCAUCCCUCACUUCACCGGGACAGAGGGAGACGAUUUUGAGAACAAUCACUGGAAAGCAUUGGGAGCGGCGCGACGAGUCAUCACCAAAGAAGAUAAGGAGCUCGCGGCCAAGCACACCAUCCAACGACUCGCCGGCUCCAAGGCCGAAUAUAACGAGCCUGCCUCCAAGACUCGGGUCCGGCAGCUGACUACCGUCUGGAUCAAACAGAUUAAACGUGGGUUUUCCAACAGGGUCAUUCGACGCACGGUAGAGUCUCUUCGGUUCGACGGCAAACGGAUCAACGACAGUUUGCCCCCGUACCUCAUGGUCUUCUUUCCGGUCCACCUGACGGACCCGGAACUUGAUAUUGUCGAAACUGGCAUGGACAGCCUGGCUGGAAAAGAUGUUGACUCAAUGGGCCAGAGCUUUUAUAUGGAGGCCCGGACGAAGGUCCCCCUGCCGUUUCACAAUUCUCCGAAUUACCCGCCUGUGGCGGAUUGGGAUGAAUACAAUGAAGUUCGAUCCACGAAGGUGGACUACCUCAUGACCCUCUUGCGGUGGCAUUUGAUUUCUGAUGACAACGGCGUUUACAAGGACCUCGACAAAGAGCUCACGGAGGAGGAACAGAAAAAGCUGGAUGAUGAAUACGAUAAGGACACGGACCCGGACUUCAUCGGCGACUACGCCAUCGACAAGGAGCUCCCGGAACUCAUGAGCAUGGGUACCAAGAAGAUUCUGGUGUACACGGAAUUCACCAUGAUGGCACCUUUGUUGCUCUCGAUUCUUAAGAUGCACGAUAUCGAAGCCCUGAGCCUCAAUGGCACCCUCACGGCCGAUGAGCGCAAUGAAACAAUUCGCCGAUUCAACACCGUGCCCGAGGAUCGGGUUCUACUAUUUUCGACCGUUGGCGCGGUGGGCCUGAAUCUUACUGUAGCUACUAUUGUCGUUCUUUUCGAUCAGUGUUGGUCCCGAAUGCUGGUCAAUCAGAUUAUCGGCCGGGCAUGGCGACUCGGACAAGAAGACACAGUCACCGUAUACAAUAUGGUGGCGGUCGGCACGGUCGACGUGCUCAUGGUCGACCACGGCGAAGGCAAAGGAAAAAUGCUCGGCCAGUUCUUGUCAAGAAAUAAAGCCGUGGCCAACACCAUUCAGAAAGCUGUGAAAGGAGAUGAGAUCCCGGACAACGACAUCGACGAUGAUGUCGAAGAAAGCGACGACGAUAUCGAAGUGCUGGACGGGCCUCCUGCUGGAUCAACAUUUCGUUCUCGUGCUUCCGGGUCUUCGCGCAAGUCGACAUCAGCGGCUAGUACUGUACCGGACAAAACGGCCACCCGCAACAAAAUCAUCAGGACGUACGGCGGCAAGAAGCAGCAAGCCCGUAACCUCAAGACCACCGGCGAUGAUGAAGGCAAGAUUUUUGAUCGUUCGUCCGUCGUCGUCGACGACGAUGGCUCUCAGCCCGAGGCAGACGAGCAGGACGAUGGUGCAGACGCGACAUCCUCAACCGGCCCGCGCAAGGAUCAGGGGAAGCAGAAGGCUAUGGGCAAGGCAAUGGCGAAGGGAAAGGAAAAGGUCAAGGUGGUUGAAGAGGACAUCGACAUGGACGACGAGGAGGAGGGGACGUCUGAGCCGCCGCGGCCGAAGGCAAAACCCAAGCCGAAGGCCAAGGUUGGUAAGCCGAAGGCGAAGGGAAAGGACAAGGCGGUCGAAGACGACAUCGAAAUGGACGAGGAGGAGGAGGGGACGUCUGAGCCGCCGCGGCCGAAGCCAAAACCCAGGCCGAAGGCGAAGGGAAAGGACAAGGCGGUCGAAGACGAUAUUGACAUGGACGACGAUGAGGAGGGGACGUCUGCGCCGCCGCCGCCCAAGCAAAAACCUAGGCCGAAGCCGACAGUAAAGGGGACAGAGAAGGGAAAGAGCACAGCUUUAAUGUCGGCGACUGAGCGGAUCAUGCAGGAUGAGCAGAUCACCUCAUCCCGCGGUGCCAAACCGGGGCCGGCGAAUCGUGCAGCUGCAGCAGUUCCAUCCAGUGACGAAGACGAUGACAGUCAGAUUCAGCCCCGAUCCUCCGGAACCGCUGCUAUAUCAUCAACCGCUCAGAGGGACGAGACUGACGUUGAGGACGACGAAGCGGGCGCUCGUAUAAACCUUACAAGGCGGCCGGUCAUCCGUGAUGUCGACGAUGGCUUCACGCUAGAUGAUGGGGACACCACCGGCCCAUUGGCUGGCACUCAGAAUUCAGCAAAGGAUAAAAGUGACGUGGAGGCGUUGCUGGGUGAAAAGCAGAUGUCUGACCUAACGUUGACUGAACGCGACGACGACCGGGUUCAGUCAUCGCAGCCGUGGGAUGACCAGAGAUUUACUGAUACCUACUCUGGUGGACAGAAACGCCGUCGUAGUACAACGUCAACGGUUGCAUCCCCUCCGUCCGGACCUCAAAGAAGUCCCAAUCGCCCUCGUCCUCCGCAUAAGAAGGUUCAUGUGCAUGGGGAUGGCUCGGCGGCCGUUCGGCCCUCCCAGUCCUCGCAAAAUGAGGGUGCCGGCGGCAGCAUAUCGUUUAACGACCGGACCGCCGUACCUGAGAAUGCGCCCAAGCCAAGAGGCAUGCGGGGCUUGCGUGGCCGUGGAGGCAUUUCGAGAGCUCGUUCCUGA